AUGAGUACAAAUGGGAAAAAUCUUGGAGAAUUUAUUGGAACCGCGUUUGUCUCUUAUAUAGCAACAAAUAUUGAUGAUCUUGUCGUCUUGAUGAAUUUUUUUACCGAAGCAACUAUAUCAAAUUCCUUACUCAAAGUUCGUCACAUUUGCAUUGGUCGAUUUGCAGCUUUUAUUAUAUUAGUAGGAGUAAGCCUUAUUGGCUAUGGAGUUUCAUAUGCAUUGCCUGUCAAAAUGCUUGGAUUUCUUGGUUUCUUACCGAUUAUGCUCGGUAUUAAAGCUAUGGCUGAAAUAACUAUUGAAGAAUGUAACAAAUGCACUGAAGAUAUAAAUGACAUUAUUCCCAAUGAUAAUAUUUCUACAAUUGAACUCGAACUAGUUCGUUAUCGAAAUGAUACUGAUGAACAAAUUACGAAAGAAUUUACAAUACGACAAGAAGAAACUACAGAUGUCGUGGUCGAUCCUCCUACAUCUCUGACUUUCAAACAAAAAGUUCUCAAAUUUCUAAGCCACUGUUUAAAUCUUCAAACAUUAAAAAUCGUUAGUAUUACAUUAGCAAAUAGUGGCGAUAAUGUUGCUAUUUAUACACCAUUGUUUGCUCAAGCAACAAACUGGCAAAUUGGCGUUUAUAUUGUGAUAUUUUUUUUCAUGAUGCUAGUUUGGCUUGUGUUUUGUUAUUUUUUCAUUAAUUUUCGGCCAAUUUUAAAUCUUGCACAAAAAUACGCACACUAUAUUGUACCGAUUGUUUUCAUUGGAAUCGGCAUUUAUAUUAUCGUUAAAUCCGACUGUUUUCCAUGGUUAGUAGAGGCUAUUAAAACCAAAAGUUUUACAAAUGGUUAA